UAUUCCCAGGUUAUAUUCCAGUCUACGACUGUUUACAUGUUUUUCUUCCUGGAAUCUAUAAACCAGGGGAUUCGGCAGUCGACUUGGAUUUGGAUACUAGACUUGUAGCAAUCGUUCGACCAAAAAAAAAAACUUGUAGCAAUCUUCAUAUUUGUCUUUGUCCAAAAUUAGUUACCCUAUGCUAUUUGUUUGUAUUAUGAGCUGUUGUGUAUAAACCCAAGUAGCCAACCCUUUGUUUUAUCAAUCCAAUAUUAGCUACUUGGCUAGAGUAUUGCUUUUCAAACCGUGAGUUGCACACUUCAUCAAACGUCAGUUGUAAUGAGAGAGAAUGAUGUUCCUUGUUGCCAGGCCAAUUUCUGGUUGUUUAUAGUGAUUAGUAUGAUCCUUGUGUCACUUGCUGGUAUUGCAUCAGGCCUUGCAUUAGGACUCUUGUCCUUCAGCAAAGUUGAUCUUGAGGUCCUCAUCAAGUCCGGUAAACCCAAAGACCAGAAGAAUGCAGCAACGAUUUUGCCUCUUGUAAAGAAUGAGCAUCUACUAUUAUGCACUCUCCUCAUAGGCAAAACACUGGCAAUGGAGGCACUUCCAAUUUUCGUGGACUCAAUUCUCCCAGUUUGGGCUGCUAUUAUUGCGUCGGUUACGCUUGUAGUUGCAGUUACAGAGAUCAUUCCUCAAGCUGUAUGUUCCAGAUAUGGAUUAAGUCUUGGUGCAAAAGUAUCUUACUUGGUACGGUUAGUUCUGGUGGUCUUUUUCCCCAUAGCAUACCCUUUCAGUAAGCUGUUGGAUUUCCUCCUUGGAGAAAGGCAUUCUGUCCUACUAAGACGAGCAGAGCUGAAAACAUUGGUAGAUCUGCAUGCAAAUGAGGCAGGAAAAGGUGGAGAGUUAUCGCGUCAUGAAACUAUGAUCAUUGCUGGUGCUUUGGAUUUGACGCAGAAGACUGCUGAAAAUGCCAUGACUCCAAUAUCAGAAACUUUUGCGCUUGACAUAAACUCCAAACUUGACAUGAAUACACUGGGUUUAGUAAUGAGCAGAGGUCACAGUCGUGUACCAAUCUAUGCAGGAAACCCAAAAAAUAUCAUUGGCCUCAUUUUGGCGAAGAAUUUGAUCUUCUGUCGCCCUGAAGAUGAAACCCCAGUUAAGCGCAUGACAAUUAGAAAAAUUCCUAGGGUUUAUAGCGACUGGCCUUUAUAUGAUAUACUGAAUCAGUUCCGGAAAGGCCACAGUCAUAUGGCUGCUGUGGUGAAGACUAACAAGGGUGUUAAUGGACAAUGGGAAAAAGAUGCUAGGAGUUCAAGAAUAGCUUCAAAACGACAGGAGAGCCAAGAUUUAAAUUUUCCCAGCAAAGGGAACGAGCAUCUAACCAUAGACAUAUCGCCUGUGUACUUGAGUGAAAGUACUGAAUACAACACUCCACUGUCAGAGCAUGUCAUGGAGCAAAAUGAAGAUCUUACACAAACGCAUUACAAGCCGCAUAAUGAAGGAGGUGGAAAUGUAUCAAAUGAAAGCGUAGGAUCAAUUCAAAGUCACUUGGAUGAGGAGGUGAUUGGAAUCAUAACAAUGGAGGACGUAAUGGAGGAACUGCUACAGGAAGACAUACUGGAUGAAACAGAUGAGUAUGUGAAUGUGCAUAACAAAAUCAAAAUCAACUUGCUACCUUCAAGACGAUCAACAUCCUCAAAAUCUCUUGGAACUAAGUCUCUAUCUCAGAUUUAUUGGAGAACUCCGGAGGCCUCUCCCUUGUCUUCGACAUACAAUAGUCCUAUAAUCCGUUCUCCCAUCAAUUCUGCAAACACUACAACACAAAACAUGAUUUCCGACUCUGAAAAUGGUUGAAAAAAACCCUAACUUGGUCGUUAAUACUUUUUCCGACCAAAUAAAUCUGGCCGGCUCGGUCGGUACUACCUCAGUUACAAAUACUCUUUUCUGACCAUUUUAGUUGGAAAUAAUAGUAAUUUACAACCAAAGUUACUGUCGGAAACUCCGUCGUAUAUGUCAUUCUUUCCAACCAAAAAAACCCUCGUCGGAAUUUGGUUGAAAAUAACUUAA